AUGGCUCGUCAACCCAAUAUUAUUAUUCCCCGGCGUGAUCAUCAUCAUCAUCAUCAACAACAACAACAACAACAACAAGAGACUGUGAUCGAGAUCAAGAAAUCCGUGAACUUCACAGGAGGGCUCGAGUUCUCAGGCCUGACCUACACAGUGACUAAGAAGAAGAAGGUUGAUAGCAGCUGGGUGAAGGAGAACGUGGACUUGCUUCAUGGCAUUACUGGGUACGCACCAAAGGGUUGUAUCACUGCAGUGAUGGGUCCUAGUGGUGCAGGCAAGUCCACCUUCUUGGAUGGUCUCGCUGGCAGAAUUGCGAGUGGGAGCCUCAAGGGAAGGGUGUGUUUGGAUGGCACAGAUACAAACCCUACGUUGAUCAAGAGAACUUCUGCUUAUAUCAUGCAGGAAGAUAGGCUCUUCCCAAUGCUCACUGUGUAUGAAACUUUCAUGUUUGCUGCUGAUUUUCGAUUAGGUCCUCUUUCUCUUGCUGAAAAGAAGCAGAGAGUAGAGAAGCUCAUUGAGCAGCUUGGCUUAUCAUCAACUCGAAACACGUACAUCGGAGACGAAGGAACAAGAGGAGUGUCUGGCGGAGAGAGACGUCGAGUGUCCAUCGGCGUCGACAUCAUCCACGGACCAUCCCUUCUGUUUCUCGACGAGCCCACUUCCGGUCUGGACUCCACCAGCGCUCACAGCGUCAUCGAGAAGGUCCACGACAUCGCUCGAGGCGGCAGCACUGUCAUCCUCACCAUCCACCAGCCUUCCUCCAGAAUCCAGCUCCUUCUCGACCACCUCAUCAUCCUUGCCAGAGGCCAACUCAUGUUUCAGGGUUCCCCCAAAGACGUCGCUCUCCAUCUGGGUCGCAUGGGACGCAAAGUCCCCAAGGGAGAGAAUCCAAUUGAGCACCUCAUUGAUGUGGUUCAAGAGUAUGAUCAGUCUGAAGUCGGUGUCGGAGCUCUUGCUGAGUUCGCCCGCACUGGAGUGAAACCCCCUCCGUUGUCUGACCAGGAAUUCUCCCUCUCCACCGUCGCACAGUCAACCCCAGGUCGAAACCCUCGCCACGAGGACCGUUCCAUGGUCGAUGAGUUUGAUCACAGUCUGAGAAGCUCCCAUACACCCAAGUCCCGGAAUACCGGCAAUAGUGUAUUGUUUCAAAAGCUUACACCUUCCCGCUUUAAGAAUGAACAUAGACUGCAAAAUAAUCCUUUACGUAAUGCUUCGCCUGGGUACUAUACGUACUCGAACGAGAUCCUCCCAGCAACACCAACGCCACAUAGCAGUGACUACACAGUGAAUGAGAACGACUAUAUGACUCCUCCGGAUGGCAUGCUAAAGCAUCUGGGUCCGAAAUUUGCGAACUCUUUCAUGGCGGAGACAUGGAUUCUGAUGAGGCGGAACUUCAAAAACAUCCGCAGAACACCUGAGCUUUUUCUCUCCAGAUUGAUGGUGCUCACGGUGAUGGGCGUCAUGAUGGCCACCAUGUUCAGGAACCCUAAAGAAAACGCGCAAGGAAUCACCAACCGCCUCAGCUUCUUCAUCUUCACUGUCUGUCUCUUCUUCUUCUCCUCCAACGACGCCGUGCCGGCAUUCAUCCAAGAACGAUUCAUUUUCAUCAGAGAAACUUCCCACAAUGCCUAUCGAGCUUCCUCCUACACCAUCGCCGGCAUAAUCACCCACACGCCUUUUCUUGUUCUGCAAGCUUCCGUCUACGCCAUCAUCGUCUGGUUUGCUUUGAAGCUGCAAGGCCCUUUUCUGUACUUCGUGCUGGUUCUCUUCGUUUCUCUCCUCUCCACAAACUCGUUUGUUGUUUUUGUGAGCUCGGUGGUCCCGAACUACAUACUGGGUUAUGCUGCUGUUAUCGCUUUCACUGCUUUGUUCUUCUUGUUCUGUGGCUACUUCUUGAGCAGCAAGGAUAUUCCUAUCUAUUGGCGUUGGAUGAACAAGAUUUCGACCAUGACUUAUCCUUAUGAGGGGCUUUUGAUCAACCAGUAUCGGAACUCAGAUGUGUUUGGAUCAAGCCUGGACGGGAUAGAUAUUACAGGUUUUGAUAUCUUGAACAGUCUUCAUAUAAGUACUGAUUCGUUUAGGAAGUGGGAAAAUGUGAUUAUAAUGUUGUUCUGGGCCGUCCUAUAUAGGAUUUUGUUUUACUUGGUCCUUCGCUUUGCUUCUAAAAACCAGAGGUCGUAGACAAUCAUAGAAGGGAAAGAGCGAUCGACAAAUCAAAAUUUGUUGAAGCAUUUCAAACAAAGGAUUAUUGCGUCUAGCAGACACUGUUUCAUCUGUUUUCAAUAUUAUUACAUUUGGUAGCAACCAUAUA